CCCUCGAUCCAAAUACUCAAGUUCCAAUUUUCCUGCUCACCUGCACAAGCCAGAUUGAACGUAUUGCUACCGAAAGUCUAACCGAAGCCACGGUGAAUCCGGCCGCACAGCCAGUCGAUCUUGUUUCUGUAUAUCAGCAGUCAGCGUCGGCAAGUACAAUAGCCGAAAUGCAUCGAACAUUCGCGUCCCGUUUACCUGUCCUGGACUCGGACAAAGACUCUUCAGAGCCACUGGACGUGGUCCGUCUCGCCCAACUGGUUAAAGCUUUUCUUCGGGAUUUGCCCAAUGCAGUGGUCCCGGAAAACCACUAUCAAAUGUUCUGUUCGUUGGCUAAUAAAUUAGACGAUGCGGCAUCCGAUCGCACACGGGCCGUGCACGAGUUCCUUGCUGCAUUACCCCAACCUCAUCGGAUUUGUCUGUGUCACGUGAUGAAACAUUUGGACUUCGUUUGGUCACAUCAGCGCAAACUCCGCGAUCAUUUGAAUGCAAAUGAUCCGGACUUGGGCCCGUGUCCUUCGGAUAUCACAACUUCCGGAAAUCUCACCGUUCCUAACGCGACCGCGCCCUCAUGGCGCCGGACGCGAAAUCAACACCUAACUCGACCGGACAAUUGGUUGCUCGUUUUCCGCCAGAUUCUGGUUCGUCCUCCAUGGCACUUGAUCUCACACAUCGCUACCCAAUUAGGUGCACACUUGCAGGCAUUGAAAGUUGUGUUUUACGCUCUGGCCACAUCUCAACCACCUCCAACCCCCAGUCGAAGUGGGCAGUCCAGUCCGGCAGUGUUCCGUCCUCGUUUACCCUCGAAUUUAUCCACACCAGCUAGUCUUCCGAUAGCUGCGAGACAGGUCACUUCGAGUGAGUCCGUUGGUUUUUUUUUCGUUUUAGCCAAUUAUUUGUCUGCGUCCUGUUUUAAGGAUCUCAGUGGAUAA